AUGGAGUUCAAUUCAGUUGAUCAGCCUCGGAAGAAGAUCCGAAAGGGGACCCGCAGUUGCUGGGAAUGUAAACAUCGAAAAGUUCGCUGCAACUUCACCUCGGAGAACGACCGGAGCUGCAGAGAAUGUCUCGUGCGUGCGAUUCCCUGCCGCAGCCAGGAUUUACCCGAGCCUGAAAACCCCCGCGAGUCCGACCGUGCGGGCCUUAAUGAGCGCUUGGCCCGCGUUGAGUCCCGCUUGGAGACGAUCGCCCCCCGGAUCGACGAAAUUUUACAACGCCUCGAGAGUCUCGGGACAAAUCAGAGACAAUAUCCGCUUUCUGUCAGACUCAAGAGUGAACCCCCGAGUUCCGAGGUGACUCAAGAUAAUGCCCCAGUCAUGCAUCUGUUCAAGGAUGCAACGAAUCCGGAGACGGAUGUUCCCAGCUCCACCGCAUACAGCUCGAUCAACCCGGAUUGGCAGCAACUUCGCCAAGAAUUGAUAGCUCUGAUCCCGCCAGCGGAAACAUUGGAAAUUAUGUCGGAAGCGAGUACCAGCUGGUGGCUUAUGCGCAAAGCGUGGUUCGAGGACAUCGAGCCGAAAUUACUUCCUGUUCCAGUGGAAACCCUCUGGGAGAGCCACCCAGCCUUUAUUGGCAAGGCCGUCUUGUGGAUUGCCUCCUGUCUCCAGCAGCUGCCACCAGAGGUCGAUAUUGAUAGACUUAAGCUGCCGUGCACACCUGCUCUUCUAAUACAGAAGGCGAUUUCCACAGUUGCGACUCUCGUCUGCUCCGACGAUUCCCUCGUGACUUGUAUCGACGGAUUGGAAUGCUUAACAUUGCAAUCCGUGAUGUUUGGCAACAACGGAAAAAUACGGAGUGCAUGGCUGUCGUGUCGACGGGCUAUAGACGUCGCACAGAUCAUUGGAUAUCACCGUGAGACUCCAGUGGCUACUGAAAACGCCCCUUUUCGGCGCCGAGCGACGUUUCUCUGGAGAUCCUUGGUUUUCACAGAUCGCCUUUAUUCUAUCACUCUCGGGGUCCAUGCUGCAACCUCUAACGCGGCAAUUGAGCUUCAUCAAUCCAAUGAGGAAUUGAGCGAUAUGCCCGGCCGCAGCAGAUUUCUCCUCGAUCCCCUAACCAGGAUAGCUGGGUCGAUCAUUGAUCGAAAUCAAACUUUCACCAAAGUCAACCCAGCCAUGAUCAAAAUGACCUUGAAGAUCGAUGCCGAAUUUGAACCAUUGUCGACUCCUACCAUCUUUUCGCCUAGCGAGGAGGAUAUUUCAAGUGCCGGGGAAGCUCGUGAACGCCUUUUAGCCUUUAUCUCAUUGAAUAGCCAGCUAUGCUUUCAUCAACUUAAAGCCUGGCUGCACCUCCCUCUGCUCCUUGAAGCAAGCAAAGAGAUCCCAUACGACUAUCAUCGUAAUGCUUGCCUCAACGCUUCCCGCAACCUGAUUACAUGUUAUUUGAACCUUCGAAACGUGGCUGGGAGUGAAUACGCCAGCCAGAUUGUGGAUUUCGUAGCAUUCACUGCAGCUAUGACCCUGGUCAUCAAUGCCAUUGGCCCAUUUGGCCCCCAGGACUUCAACCAAGAGGACAUGGACGCCGUCGAAAGCCUCACGGCUAUACUAGACCAUCUAUCACAGAAGGGCCCGGCAGAUAAUGUUGUCAGUCGAUGUGCACACGUUCUGUCAACCUUUCGAGCAGUCUCUUUGGGUCAUGACUACCCACCCUCAGUUGGCACCAACGACGAAAGUGGCACUACACCGGAUCGGCCUAGUCGCAUGAAGUUAGAAAUUCCGUAUUUCGGCACAGUCUACCUCGAGCGUCGCACAUGGGAAUCUCAAGCUGCAAAAAACACCCCUGCAUCAUCCACAGGCACUCCCUUGAGGGGCACCGACUGGGAUCCGAAUGCUUCAUUUAAUGAAUAUGCGGACGCGACCCAAAAGCCAAUUACGGAUUCAUCGGCCUGGCCCACUGGGUUUUGGGCCUUGGGCAAUGAGUUUACAUUCCAGCCUCCAUUCCUCGCUGACUUUGACAUUGAUUGGAGUUCUUGUGACUUCGGACUGAACUAA